UGGCAGAGGAAGUAGGAAGACUAUACAAGUUACUCAGAACUGCGAUUUAUUGGAGUUCUAGCCCAGUCAAAGUGGAAAGACUUUGAUUAUAUGCUGAGAAUUGAACUGUAACACCAAAAGGUCAUGCCUUAGGAGUAAGAACCAUAUCCUGAGUAUGGACUUCCUAUAUCCACCCUAAUAAAGCUAAAAACCAAACCACCUAAGAAUCAAGGAAAACUAUCAGUAAAUUAACUACCUGCUAGAACAAAAUUCAUUGAAGGAAGAAAUCAUACUCCAAAGGCCUUAAAAUUCAUCAUCUAUAAUGUCCACAUAUAAUACAAAAUUAUUGGACAUGCAAAACAUGCAAGAAAUGAGACACGUAAGCCACCUUCCCAAGCAUUACAUAGAAACAGAUCCAGAGGUGACCUAAAUGUUGAAUGACUAGCCAAUGACUCCAAAGUAGCAAUUAUAAUAUAUUCAUCAAUAUAAGAGAUUCUCAGAUUAGUCUCCAUACAAAAAAUUUAAAACAUCCUAAAAUCUUGUAGCUCAUAAUUGAAAGAAACUUGGUAGAGGUUUACCCAAAUAUCAACAAUUUAAAAUGUUUUGAUCAGACAGGGGGUGAAGGGGAGCACUUAUGUGGUGACAAUCAAGAAAUAAUGUACAAGUGAAAUCUCACAUUGAUGUAAACUAUUAUGAACUCAAUUUAAAAAAACAUAAAAAGGAAGAAAAAAAUAAAAUGUUUUGAUCAGGCAUGCUGGAGGAAGGACUAUAUUACCUUCUUAUUCUUUCUAGAAAAAUUUAAAUUACAAAAUUAACAUGAGGAGACAGUUCAAGAAUAUAACGCCAACAAUUUAGGAAAAAUUUAUUAUAGAGGUGCAUCAGGCAGUUAAUUAAUUAAAGCACUUAUUUUACGAUUUUUAUGUUUGUGAUGUUUGUAAGGCUUUAAAAUUUGUAGUGUGAUGUGAUGUUCCAUUCUCAAUCUCCAUUUCAUCCAAAUUGUAUACACUAGAUCUCCCACUUUCUGUAUGUAUCUUUGUUCUAUAAGCUUCACGAGGGUGGGGACUUUGUGUUCAUUAUUAUUAUAUCCAGUCCCUAGAGGAAACCCUUGGCACAAAGAAUGCAUUCGAAAGAAUUUGUUAAAUGAAUGAAUGAAUGAAUUUAAAAAAUCAAUUCAACUUAAGUAUUCUGUCCCCUUCUCUGCAUUUCCAUGGCUACCACCUUGAUUCAGGCCCUCUCUAUCUCUUCCCUGGACUCUUGCAGUAGUCUCCUAAUUGGUCUCCCUGCCUGUAAUCUCAACUCCUUCCAGUCUAUCCUCCACACUGCUGCCACGAUAACAUUUCUAGGUGUAAAUUUGAUCACAUUGCCCAAACUCCUUGGUUAGGGAUCCAGGAACAGCAAGUGCUGGUGCCCCUGUCACAUAUUCUAUUCUCUAGCCAUGGUGAUCUGCCCAGUUCUCUGGGUGACCAAAAUAUCUCACCCCAUUCCUGCUUUUAAUCUUUUAUUCCAUAUCCUGGAAAGUCCUUUCUCUUGCUCCUUUCCCCUUGUACACCUGCAAGCUCGUUUUGCUUCCUGUUCUGCUCCAUUAGUUUCCUCUUUCUUCUGUGCCACUAAUUUGGCCUAAUACACACACUUAUUUUCGAAAUGCACAGCAUUAUACCGUUCCAGGGACUAUCCUCUUCGACUUACAAACAGUUAUUUUAUUCCAUUUCACAUGCAAAUCAGUUUUAUAUAGUUACUUGUUUACAUGCCCGUGUCUCCUUCUAGACUCUGGAGGUUCCAGAAGACAGGUUGAGAGUAAAAACCAUCACCCACAACAACAAACCCUUUGUAUUCUCACUCCCACAACCACAUCUCCCCUCUGUCAGUGAGACCAGCGGAAGGGGACAGACUCAGGAAGGAAUGAACGAUAAGUAUUAUAACUGGAGGAGCCGUGAAGUCCGUUCUGGCCCUAACGUUUUGCGUUUCUAUGACCGUCUGACUCCCAGAUGCCAGAGUCACUCCGCACAGAAAUCCCUCGCUGGGGAACCGCCUCGCACCCCGUCGGGCUGGAUUUCUGGCUCCGAGCUCUGUCAGGAGGUAGUCACCAAGACGCAGUGGCCUCCGGAGCUCCUAGAGAGUAUAAGCUAGCUCCUGGAAGGGAAAGAGCUGCCCGGCUUCUGCGGCUGGACUCAGAGCGGCUGACGCACUUCCGGCCUUUGUGGUUCGUCGGUUGCCGGGCACCGCUGCUCCGCCUCACAGCCGGCGCUUCCCAGGCCCCGAAGGUGUAUCCUUCUAAAGAAGAUUAAGUCAGGGAAUCUAAAAUCAGUUACCCUUUGCCCCAAGCUGGAGUGAGCCUUCUAAAUUAAUCCCAGAAUGACUUCAACAGAAGAACAGGAUGGCCUUAAGAUUGUGAAGGUGGAGGAAGACCCUAUGUGGGACCAAGAAACCUACCUUGAAGAUAAUAGCUUUUCUGGCCAGGAAGCCUCCCGCCAACUUUUUAGGCACUUUUGUUACCAAGAGACUCCUGGUCCCCGAGAAGCACUGAGCCGGCUCCGGCAGCUCUGUCAUCAGUGGCUGAGGCCAGACACCCAUACCAAGGAGCAAAUCCUGGAGCUACUAGUGCUGGAGCAGUUUCUGACCAUCCUGCCUGAGGAGCUCCAGUCCUGGGUGCGAGAACACCAUCCUGAGAAUGGGGAGGAGGCAGUGGCUGUGGUUGAAGAUCUGGAGCGAGAGCUUAGUGAACCAGAGAACCAGGCCCCAGAUUACCAACGUGGACAUUCUGAAGUGCUCUCAGGGGAUAUGGUGAAUCUGAAGUCCAAGCAGGAAUCAGCAGCCAUCCGGCUUCAGUCCAUGGUGACGCAGCUCAAAUGUGAAUCUUUUGGUCCCCACCAAUUUGGAGAACAAGAUAAAGAAUCCAAGAUUGAAAAUAUGGAGACUAAAUGCAAGCAAAAGAAGUUGGCUUUAGAGGAGGGAAUACUUGAAGUAAAACCUAAAACAUUCUACGCAGACCUCGAAUUAAAGUUUCGCAGGGUCCCAAAUGUGCCAGAAGCAGUGAAUGGGCGGGUCAGUGGAGCAGAGCCACGUGGGAAAAAGGUUCACGUCAAGGUGAGUGUAGGAGAGACUUCAUCCACUGCUCGGGGCUCUGAAUCCACGAAUCCACGGCGGAUCCACCCCCGGGAAAAGCCGUAUGCGUGUGCCGAUUGGAGGAAGGCGAUGCCGCAGCGCUCGUACCUGACUGAGCCCCCGGAAGCGCGCGGUGGGAGCUCGCACAGGGUUUGCCGAGGCUGCCCAGCCUUCGCACAGCCGGGCGCAGGAACACGGGGAGCGGCCAUACGCAUGCGCAGCCGUGCUGCCGUCUGUGACCCGUCACGGCCCGGGCGCCGCUGUCUUCCUCAGGGCCGACCUUGCGCUUCAGCUGUGCGUCGGCCCCGGGAGCACAUCGUGCGCGUGAAGUCUGUGCUGGCCCUUCAUCAGGAGCUCUGACCUCGUGGGUCCUCACGGACGAGAGGCCUUUUAAGUGUCGCAAAACCUUCAACCGGCGCCCCACCCACAUCCAGCACUAGGGGGUCCACGUGGGCGAGAGGCCCUAUCAGUGUGAGGAGUGUGGCAGCGCCUUCAAUCAGAGCUCAACAUUUCUGCAGCAUGAGAAAACCCAUCAAAAAAAAAAAGCCAAAAAAAAAAUUAAUUGGUAGUGUAAUGCCUUCGGGCAGAGCCUGAAGGAGUUUGGUUGAAUCAAUGAAAGAAGAAAUGAAGAGCUUAAUUCUUACCCCAGGAGUUCAUCUACCACAGUGAAGAUCAAUUGUAUCUUUCGUCAGAACCCAUAUUUUACUUCUGACAGCAAAUUUUAUUGAGAGCCCGUGUGUCAGACGGGAGCUGAGUAUCACGUGAUAAAUAAAACACACCUUGACCCUGCAUUGACACAGACACAGGCCCUACCUUGGAAGACAAAUUCCAGUUAUAUACAAGCAUAAUCAGAGAGCUAAAUACUUUGGUAAAUAUAUCCUGGAGAGAAACUUUUAUCAGACAGUUGGAUUUGGCACUGUCUCCUUCCGAAUUCUCACUUCACAUUAGAAACUCCAUGUGAGCUACAAGUUCCAUAUCCACUUGGGAUUUGUCCUGAAUGGCACAGGAGCAAAACCACAGCGAAGGGAGAACAUCAUAGUAUAAAAUGAGGGGAAGGUGCAGUCUGAGCUUGGGUCUUAGAGUAUUCAGGCACAAAGGCAAAGCAGACUGAUGUUAAUUUUGUAUCCAGAGUCCCUAAAUAGAUCACUCAGUGUGGGGAAUGCAGGAAAACCUGGUAAGGAUCAUUUCUGUCUUGCCUUGAAAACUAUGGUGAUUCAGUUGAACAGUUUCUCCGAGCUAGCCAGAUGACUAAGGGUGCCUGGGCCUCUUCUAAUCGAUAAAUUUACCCAAUAAAGUUGUGAAGUCACCACUUGUCUUCAUCCCUCACCCAAAUUAUUCUGUAUUUUUUUCCCAUUGAGGUUACUAUCAUACUCCACUGUUCCAAAGUGCACUUUAAAGAUAAAACCAUUUUUUUGGUGGCUAAUUUUUCCCAUCAAGUUGCAAUGUAUUCUCAGUAUCCUGAAUGGUAUAGCUAAUAGAUUAAUUUCAAGUCCUGUUUUGGUUACAAAAGAGAUUCUUCAGAAGCUAGCUGUUUAGUAAAGGACAUGAUCUGAACACAAAGAACUACCAUGUAAGGAGUAGCCGUAUUUGAGAAGCACCAUAGACGUGGUGUGGACAGAAGUACCACAGGUGUUCAGUCCAAUGGUGGGGGAGGGGAGACAAAGACAUCAUAUCUCUGGCAUAGACCUGCAGGAAAUUUCGGAAUGCUUUCCUAAGUUAUAGUUCUUCACAAUUACACAGACGUUGAUUUCUCCCGCAAUGUGACUUUUUGGGGUUUUAUAGAGAGAAGUACAAAAAGAAUAAAAACUAGACAAAACCAUAAAACAAA